AUGAAUUUUUAAAUAAUUCAAACAAUCACAUUUUACUUUUUCAUAUGGGUUAUUAAACCAUUUGCCAAUUUAGGAUUGUCAUUCACAUAUUAUUCAAUCUACAUCACAAUCUUUUUUACAGACUUUAUGCUUUCAUUAUUUGUCAAAGAAUGCGAUUCAAGAAAUUAAACUUUUUUCCAUAAAAUUCGAAAAAUUCUUAACAAACAUAAACCCUAUUAUGGAGUUUAUACCUAAGCAAGUAAUUUUUGAUAUUGAUAUCACAAUUAUAGCCGACAUGAUACUUGAAUAGGGAUACAAUUUUGAAAGUCAUAAGAUAAUCACAGAAGAUGGUUAUAUUCUAACGAUUUGGAGAAUUUACAAAGAUGUAACACAUCCACAUGCACAUCCGGUCAUAAUGCAACAUGGAUUAUUGGACAGUUCAUGGUCUUGGCUUAUAAAUAAUGAUAAAAAGUUGACUUUGCCUUACAUUUUGGCAGAAUAAGGGUAUGACGUAUGGCUUGCAAAUAAUCGAGGGAAUAAAUAUAGUAUUGGUCAUACAAAAUUAUAAAGUGUUGACUACAAUUAAAAGUAUUGGGAUUGUUCGUUUGAUGAUUUAGCUAAGUAUGAUUUCAAGGCAAUCAUAUUAUAUGUGAAGAAUGUUACAUAGAGAGCUAAAGUGAUAUAUUUAGGUCAUUCUCAAGGAACAACUUAAGGAUUUGCUUAUUUAUCUAAUGACAUAGAAUUUCAAUAACAUCUUAAAUGUUUUAUUGGAUUAGGUCCAGCUAUGUUCAUAUCUAAUUUGGUAAUGAUAAAAUUUAGAUUUUUAGCGAUCAACUUUUCUGUAAUGGGCAAUCAAACUUUAUGUAUUUGAAUUAAUCUAUUAUUUGGGAAUUCCUUAUUUCUUUGUUUUUGAUGAUGGUUUUAAUAUUAAGAUUGGAGCACUUUGUUAUAUGAUUCCUUCAAUAUUUCGUAGUUUCUUUUUUGAAGUUACCAAUUAAUUGUGUGGAUUUCCAUAAAAAAAUAAAAUUGAUUUGAAUCGUUUUGGUAAUAUGGUUGCUCAUGAACCUGGAGGUUCAGCAUCUAAAAAUAUAGUAUAAUGGUAUAUAAAAUUACUAAAAAUAGGAUGUAAUUUUUUAGAUCAAAAUAAUUACAAUAUUUUGAUUAUGGAUCUAGUUAGAAUUUGGUUAUGUAUGGAUAAAGAGAUCCUCCUCUAUAUCCAGUAGAUAAUUUAAAGAAUUUUACUAUUCCUAAAUAUUUUUAUUUAGGUACAAGAGAUGUGAUUACAGAUACAGAUGAUUUAGGUAAAAUGUUAAAUAAGUUGGAUUAAACUCAUAUGAAAGUUGAAUUUAUAGAGGAUUAUGCUCAUUUGGAUUAUGUAUGGGCAGUUGAUGCUCAUGUAAAAUUGUAUCCAUCAAUAUUAAAGAAUAUUAAAGAAAAUUAAAAUUGAUCAGAG